AUGAGUACAUCACAAGCAAUACCAGGUCGACCUCGACCGAGCACAGUGAGCGAGCAUCUUGCCGGCAGUGCUGACUCAUGGCACGGCAAAAUCACACCAGAUGGACCGUUCCCACCCCAAAAGGGUCGCUAUCAUCUCUACGUCGGAUUGUUCUGCCCGUUUGCCCACCGAGCGAAUAUCGUCCGGUAUCUAAAAGGCUUGACGGACAUCAUCGACAUUUCCGUCGUGAAACCAUACCCAAAGGGCGACAAAGAUGGCUGGCCGGGUUGGCGGUUUCCAGCUUCCGACGACGAGUACCCUGCGGCGACGGUAGAUCGGUUGUUCGGCAGCAAGUUCUUGCACGAGGUGUACUUCAAGGUCGACCCGGAGUAUAAGGGACGUUACAGUGUGCCUGUGCUGUUUGAUCGGGAGACCGGAACGAUAGUGAACAACGAGAGCGCAGAGUUAAUGAGGGACUUGCAGACGGAGUUCAACACGCUUUUACCGGAGGAGUAUGCCAAGGUGACGCUGUAUCCUGAGCACUUGCGAGAACGGAUCGAUGAGGUUAGUGAGUGGAUGCAACGAGACCUCAACACGGGAGUGUACAAGGCUGGAUUUGCGCCUUCACAGGAGGUAUACGACAAGAACGUGCUGCCUGUGUUUGCGGCGCUGAAUAAGAUGGAGAAGAUGGUUGCUGAAGGCGGUGGGCCUUUCCUGCUAGGCAAAGAGCUCACAGAGGUUGAUGUCAGGUCGUAUGCGACGUUGAUCAGAUUCGAUACUGUGUAUGUGCAGCAUUUCAAGUGCAAUUUGGGGACGAUCCGGCAUGAUUAUCCGCAAUUGAACAAUUACUUGAAGAACUUGUACUGGAAUGUUAAGGGGUUCGAGGAGACGACGGACUUCAAGCAUAUCAAGGAGAAUUACACCAAGAGCCACGCUGAUGUGAAUCCGAAGGCGAUCACGCCGAGAGGACCAUACCCGGAUAUCGAGGAUGGGUAUGAGCCGGAUCUCGAGAAAGUCAGGGUUGGCGGUGUGUCGAUGCCUGAGGUCGUCGAGCUGGAAAGGGAUUUGAAGUGA